UUUAACCAGCAAACAAACAGUCCUAGAUCAAUACUGGCCUCUUACCUUGUCUACAUUAUUGCACAAACUAUUUGGAGACAGAACAAAAAAAUGAGGCCCCUAAUACAACUGGCUUACUUCAUAUGUUUUAACAUUUUUCUUGAAAAAUGUAUCUGCAAAUCGGAACAUGACCAGGUUUUGGCCAUCACUGUAUCCACACAGGAACAUGUGGACACAGUGCAGAACAUAACAAGUCACAAUGAGACAUUAUUGUGGCAGCCUGCUUCGCCCAGUUACAUUACAACGAACACUGAGGUUCACCUUUACAUUCAGUCAACAAGUUUGGAGUUUGUCACUGAACUCCUACGCAAACAUGGCAUUACUUAUAGAGUUCUUUUGGAAAACACAGCAGCGCUGGUUGAGAUGCAGACCAGAAAUGAUACGUCAGAUCCCCGGAGUGGAGGCGUGUUCUAUGAGAGAUAUCAUUCUUUAGAAGACAUCUAUUACUGGAUAAAUAAGACCAGCCAAGAACAUUCAGACAUGGUGAAAGUUACUCUUAUUGGGUCAUCUUCUGAGAAGCGGCCACUCUAUGUUAUAAAGCUGUCAGGCAGGAGAGGUGAGGUGAAGAGGGCCAUGUGGAUGGACUGUGGGAUUCAUGCACGGGAGUGGAUCGCCCCAGCCUUUUGCAUGUGGUUUGUCAAAUAUGCACUAGCAUAUUACACCCGGAACGCUGAAAUCACAGAGAUGUUGAAUAACAUGGACAUUUACAUCUUAACAGUCAUGAACCCAGAUGGAUACAAGUACACAUGGACAACAGAUCGUAUGUGGAGGAAAAACCGCUCUGUUAACAAAGACAGCGAGUGUGCUGGAGUAGAUUUGAACAGAAAUUUUGAUGCAAACUGGUGCACAAAAGGUGCCUCCGAUAAUCCAUGUGAUCAAACAUAUUGCGGUCAGUUCCCAGAGUCUGAACCAGAGACCCAGGCUGUGGCACAGUUCCUGCGCUCCCAUAAGGACACAAUCAAGCUGUAUCUCUCCAUUCACUCCUACUUUCAGAUGCUUCUGUUUCCUUACGCCUGUUCCUAUGAUGAGGUUCAAAACCACGAGGAGUUGCAAGAACUUGUUAAGGAGGCCUCAACAAAAAUACGCAGAUACUACAGAAAUAUCUAUAAAUAUGGUGCAUCUGCAAAAACCAUUUAUUUGGCCCCAGGAGGCUCUGAUGACUGGGCGUAUAAUCUUGGGAUAAAAUAUUCCUUCACUUUUGAACUUCAGGAUCGUGGUCGAUAUGGGUUCCUUCUUCCUCCCAGCUUUAUCCCUCAGGCCUGUAAUGAGGCUCUGCUGGCAGCAAAGAUCAUAGCCUUGCAUGUGAUCAAGAAAACUGAAGAGCUUUCACCAACAACCUGAGUACACUAUAUACUACAGAUUCAAAUUCUGAACUUUUACUCUUAACUAAACAAAAUGUAUACUUAAAAUGUGCUAACAACAAUUGAGAAAAUGUAAUAUAUGUUACAAAUAAUAAUAAUAAUAAUAAUCAAAUAAAACAAUUUUUUUGAGAGUGA